GCUGCCUGGGCCCGCCGAGCCGACCCCCGGCCGCAGGCCGGAGCAGCCGUGCCCGCAGCAGCACCUGUUGGGAACCGGCCUGAGCUACCGCGCGCGGUACAUGGGCUGCAUUGAAGUGCUGCAAUCAAUGAGGUCCCUGGAUUUUGGAAUGAGAACUCAAGUUACAAGGGAAGCGAUAAGCCGCCUGUGUGAAGCUGUUCCCGGGGCCAGUGGAGCCAUUAAAAAGCGAAAGGCUCCUGUUAAGUUCCUCUCAGCAGUUCUUGGCAAAAACAAUCUUCAGUUUUCUGGAAUGAAUAUAAAGCUGACCAUCUCAACAUGCAGCCUCACACUGAUGAACCUGGACAACCAGCAGAUUAUUGCAAAUCAUCAUAUGCAAUCUAUUUCAUUUGCUUCUGGAGGGGAUCCUGAUACUACAGACUAUGUUGCCUAUGUAGCUAAGGAUCCAGUUAAUCAACGAGCAUGCCACAUACUGGAAUGCCGCAACGGGACAGCCCAGGAUGUCAUAAGCACCAUUGGGCAGGCUUUCGAACUCCGAUUCAAACAGUACUUGAAAAAUCCUUCUUUGAAUAUUUCUAGUGAAAGUGAGGAGUUGCAGGUUGACAGCCACGCGCAGGAGGGGGAAGAGCACGAAUAUUACAACGAGAUCCCGGGCAAGCAGCCCCCGGCCGGCGGUGUGUCUGACAUUCGGGUCAGAGUGCAAACCCCAGAACAGACGGCGUACUGCCCCAUUCGCUGUGAAAAGCUGUGCUACCUGCCCGGGAGCUCCGAGUGCAGCAGUGUGUAUGAGAACUGUCGGGAGCAGAGCAGGGCAGCAGGUGACGCCCUCGAGCGAGGGGCCCAGGCCCAGCGAGAUGCUGCCUCAGCGAAACCCUCGUGUCACGCGGAUCUCUUCGACGACCCCUGCUACAUUAACACGCAGGCGCUUCAGAGUGUGCUCGGCUCCGCUCGAAAUCGAGGCUCGACCCAGCCGUUGGAGAGCCCGUGGCCCCGUGGAAAGGCCCCGGAGACCGUUCAGCCAGGUGCCACAGCCCAGCCGGCCAGCUCCCAUUCUUUGCCGCACCUGAAGCAGCAGCUGUGGAGUGAAGACUGCUACCAUGGCAAGCUGAGCAGGAAGGCAGCCGAGAGCCUUUUGGUGAAGGAUGGGGACUUUCUGGUUCGAGAGAGUGCAACAUCUCCUGGCCAAUACGUACUGAGUGGAUUACAGGGCGGCCAGGCAAAACAUCUUCUGCUGGUGGAUCCCGAGGGCAAGGUGAGGACCAAGGAUCAUGUAUUUGAUAAUGUUGGGCACCUUAUCAGAUACCAUAUGAACAACAGUUUGCCAAUCAUCUCUUCUGGAAGCGAAGUAACCCUUAAGCAACCAGUGAGGAAAGAUAAUAAUCCCAGACUUUUGCAUCCCAAGAAAUGACGGCGUUGGAGCACCAUCCCAGUGCUAUUUCAAGAAGCUCUGUUUUAUGUGAGGACAUAAAGCUAGCUCAGACUUUGUCUCUAGAUUCAAUAGAGCACAUGUGAAGUGCGUCUUUCUGAGACUCUAAUAACUGGAUCUUUUAUAAAACAAAGAACUAACAAAAUGCCUUCAGGAAAUGAAAGUCAGAAAAAAAAAGAAAAGGAUUGAUCCAUCUGAAAAGAAACUACAUAUGCACGGAUGUCACUUUCUAAAGUCACGUUGUAUUGAUAACAAGCUAAAAAGCACAAUUACAAUUUCAUAUGCUAAAGACAACUUGAACUGCUGGGGCAGUGGUAUGUGCCUUUCACCUUGACAAUUUGGGGCAUUUUCCUAGGGGGGAGAUUAGUUCCAAGUGUCUUCACGUUCUAUAACUACAGAACCAUUUGCCAAAAACGGAGUUUUUCCUUGCUAAAAAAGUAAGCAAUUUACUUGCUAGUUAUUGACUUUAUUACAUUUUCUGUUUAGUAGCAAUUUUGACUGCGAUGUUAAAAUAAAUAUGACGUUGAAUUCA